AUGAGUGAUUGGUCUGAUGGCAGUGGUAAUUGGGAGCCAGUUUCUGAUAUUGAUAGAGAUACAGGAAAGCAAAAUGAUGAUAAUAUGGAACUGAAAAAUAAAGAAAGUCUUAUUAAAACUCCCAGGGCAACAUCCGAUGAUUCUGUUAAAGAUACGCAUCAAUUAGAUGAUUUGAACUUAAAUCAAGUAGCCGUUAUUAAUAAUUCAAACACAAAUGAUGAUUCUAAUAUAAGAAAAGCUUCAGUUGAUGGAACGGCUAUAAAUACCAGUAAUAGCUCAGUCAAUGCGAAUGCAAAAUAUUUAAGCGAACAAUCAGAAGCAUCGACAAAGACAGCUAGCGUAACAGAUUUGAACCCAACUAAUACCCCACCACAAAAUUCUUCAGAUACAACAAUCACAUCCAAUGUAUCAUCGACAAACAAAUCGAAGGCAACUAAGAGGGAGGCUAAAAAGAAAACAGAUCUGAAAUCAAAUAUAAAUAUCAUUAGGCAAAAGUUGGAUCUACAAAAGGAACUACCAAAAUUAGUAAAUCAUAAAUCUACUAAUAGCUCCUCUAUAACCCCUAAAUCGAAAAUUCAUAGUGAUAGCAUUGAUAAUCAUUCAUCAAGUGAUUUAUUAAAAAAAUCAAAUAGCAAUAGCUCUUCCUCUAUAAUCAUUAAAAAGACAGCAAGCCUUCCAAUGAAAAUGUUAAAAAUCGAUACUUCUGAGAGUAGUUUAUCAAGUAAUAAAGAAUACUCAAUAGAUCAUCCAGAUACAAUAACUAAUAACAAUGGUUCAGUAGUAGGACUAGCUUUAUCUUCAAAAGAUGGUAAAAAUGUCAUGCCUAAUAAAUUUAUAACACCACAUUCAACACCAACAGAUACCCCAGUCACAAACAAUAUUAAUUUGAGUACAAAUUUUGGUUCAAUGACAACUACAACAAGUAAUACUUUAAUGUCUGAUAAUAUCAAAACGCCAGUUUUACCACCAGAGGAACCUGAAGAAAAUAAAUCUUUCUUUAAUAAUGUCUUCUCCUCAUUUGCUAAGAGGCAAACCGCUUCUCUACAGUCACCAGAUAAUAUGGGUCCAAAAUCACCGGAUAUUAUUUCACAUCGAAGAGAGAAAUCAACUUCUUCAAGAAAGGGGACAGGAAACAGAAUUAAAUCAUCCUCUUCAACUAAUUCUAAUAAUAUUAACAAUACUAGCAGCUACCGUAAUGAUUCAAUUACAAGCGUGAAUAAUAGUAAUCAUAGCCUUGAAUCUCCUUUAAAAGAAGACUCGAAACCCAAAGAAUUUUACAGCAUUAGGGAUAAAAAGGCUGCAGAAUCAACUUCUGAAGAUCCAAAACUAUAUUCGAAUAAAAAAUAUCUUGAUACUAUUUAUCAUUAUACUUCUGAUGAAAGGAACCGUGAUUUCCAUAAUAUAUUUGAAGAAAUUUCAAGCCAUGAUUGCUUAAUAGAUGAUUUUUCUUGUACAUUAAGUAAGGACUUUUUAUAUCAAGGCAGAAUCUAUAUAUCAGAAGAACAUCUUUCAUUUAACUCAAAGAUAUUAAGUUGGGUUUCGAAAAUUACGAUUCCAUUUAAGGAAAUUACCUUUAUUGAAAAGACCUCUGCAGCAGGUUUAUUUCCAAAUGCAAUCUCUAUUGAAACAAAAGAGGGUAGGACACAAUUUAACGGGUUUACUUCGAGAGAUACUACUUUCGAUAUCAUGAAAGAAGUAUGGUCAAGAACUUUAUUAUCACAAUUGACAGAAAAUGAUUACUCUAGAAAUAGUUCAAAAAAUCCUUCAAUUUCUUUAACUCCGGCUGAAGCAUUAGAGAGACAUUUAUCACGAGAAAGUGUGAACCGGAGUAGCAGAUCUCUUGAUGCAUUAAGCAAAUCAUCAAGUGAAAUAUCUCUAUUAAGCGAAAAUGAAUCACUUCUUGAAGAAGAUGACGGUCACUCGAUAGAUGAGAAUGGCAAUGAAGAUUAUGAUGAAAAGAAAUCAUUGUUGAGUAGCGUUAGAACGGGUGAAGACACAGUCAAAUUAACAAAUAUUGAUAGAUUUCCAAAUGAGCACGAAUAUGAAAUAACUGACGCUAUAAAUAAUGAACAACAUGUCUCCAAUGAUGUAAAUGAUGGCGAUGAUUCCACAAGAAAGCAUCAUAAAGUAUAUAAAUUGAAACCUUCCUCUUCUUUCACUUAUACAGGUCCUGAUUUUAACCCAACUAUUACAGGAUUCCCACCAGAGUUAAUGAAUAAUUCAAAGGAGCAUAUCUUGGGCGAGGCAGAAUUAAAUGCACCACCUGGUGUUGUGUUUCAUCUUUUAUUUGACAAUAAAAACACUAAAUUUUGGGAAGAUUUCUUAAAAACACAAGGUGGUUAUGAUUUUGCAACAAUACCAGGUUUUUUUGAAACAAAUGAAAAAAAUCAAAAAUUUAGAAAAUAUGAAUAUUUCAAAUCUUUAAAUUACAGCGUUGGUCCCAAAUCCACAAAAUGUGAAGUUGUCGAAACAAUCAUUCAUUUAGAUUAUAAUGGAUAUAUCAAUGUAGUUAACACUAUCAAGACACCUGAUGUGCCUAGUGGUAAUAAUUUUGUUGUAAAUACAAGAUAUUUGUUUAGAUGGAAUUCAUUUAAAACUUCUAUGUUAAGAGUUUCGUUUUGGAUUGAAUGGACUGGUGGAAGUUGGAUUAAAUCAAUGAUUGAGUCCAGCUGUAAAGCGACACAAACCAACACUACAAAUGAUUUGAUCCCCUUCAUUAACAAAUAUAUCGAUACUCAUACGGAAGAAUCUCGUGUUACUUAUAAAUCUGUGAAUUUAACAAACGGUUUAAAAACUAAAAAGCAAUCUAAGACUAAGAAAAUAUCGAAACCAACCAAAAUUCCAGAACAAGCUAAAAUCAACAAUAAAUUGCUUCAAAAGAUAAUGGCAAAUAAGGAAAUUUUAAUCAUUUUAUGCUUCGUAUUAUUGGUUUUCUUGAAUAUUUUUGCAUUUGUUAUAUUUGUUAAUAUUAUCAAAAUUAAUAAAAAUAUCAAAUUCAUAAAGGAUUCAUCAAUUUUCCAAAUAGUUGAACUAUUUGAUAAACUAAGCGAUAUUAAAGGAGGGUUAUUAAACCUUAAGCAAGCAACGAAUGAGAACCUUGAUAUUAAUGGCAUUAAAAGCAAUAUUAAUUCUGUAGUGAAGAAUUGGGUUAGUAAAGAUCAAGAGUUGGGAAAUGAAAAUAUCAACAGAAUAAUGCAAAGUCUCUUAGAUAAUAUAAUGAAUGAUGAAUUAUAA